AUGUCUUUCAUUGAAGUCAGUGCUGAUUCAGAUUUUCCCAUUCAAAAUCUUCCUUACGGUGUCUUUUCCACCAAAGACAAUCCUCAACCAAGAAUUGGUGUAGCGAUCGGAAGUAAAAUCUUAGAUCUAUCUUCCAUCAAACAUCUCUUCGAUGGGACGCAGAUGAAAGAUAAACAAAGUGUUUUCGACGAAACAACGCUGAAUAAAUUCAUGUCCCUUGGUAGAUCGGCAUGGAAAGAAACUCGCGAGCGAUUGCAAGAACUUCUUUCGAAGGAUUGUCCAACAUUAAAGGACAAUGAUCAAUUAAGAAAACAAGCAUUCGUCGAACAAGCUGAUGCUAUUAUGCAUUUGCCUGCACAAAUAGGCGAUUAUACGGAUUUCUACUGUUCACGUGAACAUGCGACGAAUGUUGGAACAAUGUUUCGUGGAAAAGAAAAUGCUCUCAAUCCCAACUGGUUACAUUUACCAGUUGGAUACCAUGGACGAGCAUCAUCCGUCGUCAUUUCGGGAACAGAUAUUCGUCGACCAAACGGUCAAACAUGCCCUGACGAAACAAAACCACCCGUAUUUAGCACCUGCAAACUGCUUGAUAUCGAACUUGAAAUGGCAUUCUUCAUUGGCAGUCAGGGAAAUAAACAAGGCGAACCGAUUCCUAUGGAUCAAGCUGAUGACUAUAUCUUUGGUCUUGUGAUUAUGAAUGAUUGGUCGGCACGUGAUAUACAAAAAUGGGAGUACGUUCCAUUAGGUCCAUUCAAUGCCAAAAAUUUUGGAACAACCAUUUCGCCAUGGAUCGUGACAAUAGAUGCAUUGAAAGAUGCUUUAAGUAAUGGACCAACACAGGAUCCAAAACCAUUGCCUUAUUUAACUCAACAAGAGCCAAGUGCAUUAAAUAUUGAUUUACAAGUGACAUUGAAACCGGCGAAAUCAUCGACAGAGCAUACAAUUUGUCAAUCUAAUUUGAAAUAUAUCUAUUGGAGUUUGAAGCAAAUGCUUGUCCAUCACUCAAGCACAGGCUGCAACCUACGUCCUGGUGAUUUGAUUGGAACAGGUACGAUCAGUGGUCCGACGCCUGAUUCAUGUGGUUCAUUACUUGAAAUCACAUGGCGUGGAACCAAACCCCUACAAUUGGAUGAGAAUACAACGCGAAAGUUUCUCGAAGACGGUGAUACAAUCAAAAUGACUGGUUUUUACCAAGGUGAUGGCUACCGAAUUGGUUUUGGUGAAUGUGUAGGAACCAUCAUACCAGCAUUGCCUUUACCGAAAUGA